UUUCAAGCUCUGUGGUCUCUGGCGGGAUACAAUGAGCGACCGGGCCAGCCUCGCUCACGCCACUUCCAGAGAUGCCAAUGGGGACAGGAUGAUCUGCUGUUGCCUUAGCAGCACGGGGAAGGGGUAUUUUUUUUAAAAAGCGCUGGGGUUCUCGUCCAUAAAAGGGGCGAAAUUCAAAGCAACCCUUUCUCAACACAUAUGAAAUUGCUUGCAUUUUUGCAAGGAGUGGGUCGUGGGAAUGUGUUUUGGGGAAAGCGAACAGAUUGAGGGGGAGGGAGGGUCAACGCCCCCCACCCAAACCCUCCUACCGGAAAGAAUUUGGAACGUCUCGGGUGAAUUCUGCUGCCUUUGAUCUCCCCUCUCACUUCCAUUUCUCCAUUGAUUUCCUCGCUCUUCCUAUUCUUCGCGCCUCCUGGUGCACUCGGCUUUUCACGGUUUUCUUUCUCGCUUCCCGCGCACCACGCACCCAUUUCUCCUCCCUCUGAUCCUGGCUUUGGAAGCGCGCUCGCGAGUUUUCCGAAAACUUUGCUCGUCGUGCGCGUUUUUUAAAGCCACGCUGGAAGAGCGGUCAGCGAAUUGCUUUGGCAAUAAAAUAAAGCGCGCGGCAGAAAUGCAACCCGAAGGGGUGUCCCGGGGCUUGUGAUGUAAUCCUUAUUGAUCCAGCGGGGCGGGUAUUGGCCCUAGUCCUGCGAUGGAGCAGUGUCUAUAUUGGAAUUAGCCUUAUCGAUUGGGCUGAUAAGGAGACCUAUAAAAGGCCGCGGAUUGGCUUUGCCUCUCCUGCAAUCGCUCCUGAAGCAAGUCGCUCCCAAAGCCCUGAGCUUCACCACCACCCCCGCCCUGUCUUUUUUGGCCACCUCGGUCUUCUUCUCCGCGGGAACCUUUGCGCCUCUGCCUGCGUUUGCGCUGAGGUGGAACUCCUCUCCUCGGCGAAAGAUGUGGCCGACUUUGCGCAAAGCUGGCGCGCUCCUGGCUCUGGCGGGGCUUUGCUUGGUCACGCUCGCCCGGUCCCUGCCCCUCACCGAUGCUGGACCACAUGUCAACUAUGGCUGGGGAGAGGCCAUAAGAUUGAGGCACCUCUACACCGCCGGCAGACACAGCUCGUUCAGCUAUUUCUUGAGGAUCAACAGCGACGGCCGAGUGGACGGCGCCAGCGCCCAGAAUCUGCAUAGUUUGCUGGAGAUCCGAGCCGUGUCCGUUCGUACGGUGGCGAUCAAGGGCGUGGAAAGCUCUCGCUACCUCUGCAUGGAAGCGGAGGGAAGGCUGCGCGGGCUUCUCAGUUAUUCUACAGAGGAUUGUUCCUUUGAAGAGGAGAUGCGCCCAGAUGGCUACAACAUCUACAAGUCCAAGAAAUAUGGAGUUUUGGUGUCCUUAAGUACUGCCAGGCAAAGGCAACAAAAUAAAGGGAAAGACUUUCCACUGUCUCAUUUCUUGCCAAUGAUCAACACUGUGCCGGUGGAGUCAACCGAUUUUGGAGAUUACGGCGACACUGGGCAGCAUUUGCAAUCCGGAGUUUUCAGUCCCCCUCUUGAAACUGACAGCAUGGAUCCCUUCGGCAUCACCUCAGAUGUAUCCGUGAAAAGCCUUAGUUUUGGGAAAUGAGAACAAGUGAGUUGUGCUUCAUAAAAAAAAGGCAUUACCAGCAGUAUAUUAUUUCUAGCAGUGAUAUUUCACACAUGGCUACAUUCAGAUGCGGCACUACCCUUUCUUGUCAAACAGCAUGAAGACUUACAGACACACAGGCACGGUAUUUAGAAAGCUUUCGUCGAAAAUAUGCCAUUUAAUUCAGGAAUGACAAAAAUGCAUAGCGUGCAGGUAUUUCUUCUGCCUUGGAGGAUGCUUGGAGGGAUAAGAUCGUGAAUAUUUUGCUUUACUGCUUGCUUGCUUCCUUCCUUCCUUCCUUCACCUCUGAGGCCUGAUGACAGAUGUAACAAAUGCAAUUCAUUCAAAGAGGGAUAAGUCCUUCUCUUCAAGACCCUUAAACACAUCAGUGUCAGAAAUUAAAGAGGAGCAGCCAGUUAAAGGAAGCUAAACAAGUAACUUAACACACAAUCUUUUCACAAACCUCUGCUACUGGUUUUCAGAAGAUCAGCUAUUGAAAUGCAAUUUCUGCCCUUGAACAUUUGAUCCCUACAGGAGGUAACAGGAACCACAGGGAAUGGGACAAAAGAAACUAACAAGCAGUUGUGUUCUAGCAAGCCUCUUCAGGUUUUCUUCUAUGGAGUUGACUAAACAUACGGAAACACUAUGCACGCUAGCUCUGUCCCCUGACACCAUUCCAGUUACCAUCCAGGAAUCUGAAGUGGGGAGUCUGCUGUGCUCAUGGAGGCUCCCCCCCCCAACACACAUUUUAGAACCAUGGUUUUCCAAGGUUCUCAAGCACACAGUGGGCGUUCUCCAUCAGUAAUUGAGGCUCCCCACUUUGGACAUUUGCCCUCUAACUUGUAGAGAGUGACCAGAAUGGUAAUGGGGUGAAAAUAGCAUCCUCUUUGCUGUGCUGCCCCUUUGAGUGUUUAGUGAACUGAAGUUCACAGUACCUGAAUGAUGGUUGCCAGAAGAGUAUGCCAACCUUCAAUUUACACAGGUUCUUCAUCAGGCAGAACACGUGCACAAUUCCAAAACGCUAUUUGUUGAAAGAGCUAUUUGUUGUAUGGUAAGGCUGCAAUCUCUGGAGUUAGUAAAAACAAUUGAACAGGUAACCAAUUCUCUAACCAGAGGCUAAUUUUGCCUGACCCAGAAUUUUAUGUAACUAAAAUACUUUCAAAACAAAACCCUGAUAGGUUACUUUUUGUAUCAUAUAUCUACUGGCUGGCUGAAUUUGAUUAGAAGGUUAGUACUAAGGAUUUGUGGUGAUCAGGCAGACAGAUAUCAUCAUAGCUCACAUUCCAACCAGACAAAAACACUCAGUGGGUGAAGCAAGUUCUGUGAGAGAUGUGCCCAAGGGAGAGAAGGCGUGGCCCAAGGAGAGUGGCAAGGGCCAGACUGAGGGGCACAGAGGGCCAAAUCCUCAGCUUGAGGUUCCACACCUUGACCUAAUGGAUAAAUGCCACCUAUGACUUGUAAGAGAUGCUUUGGGUAUAAUUCAGUUAUUUUAAAUCUCUAUAGACUAACAUGAUGGAAUUUAAAAAAAAAAUAUAAUUGUGAGUAUUAUUUCAUGGAUUAUUUUUUUUAAUUUUUUUGUAAAUAGCAGUUUUUACUACCGUUAGAUUUUCCUCUAGUGAAUAACUAGCUUACUAUGGGAUAACAUUCUUUCCCAAAGGGUUUUGUAUGUAUAUAGUAGCAUGGCUCUGUAAAUAAUUAUUUUCCUGAUGUAGCACUUCCUUGUCAACACAAUAUUUAUGAUUAAUUUAUUAAACACAUACAUCCAUUUAUUUUGUUACCAUAUUUAUACUUAAAUUUCUAUUUAUGUACUCCAACAGUGUCUUUUUUUAAAACAAAAAGCAGUCUGGGCCAAAGGUAGCAAAGCUUUGUAAUUUUUAUAAGGGUGAGCAGAAAUGAAAUGUAAAAAUGUUUGUGAGUGUAAAAUCUGUAGCUUUAGCAUGUAACAUUUUAAAUAAAAACCCAAUUAGAACGAAAA